UUUUGCUCAGCGCAUUUGCUCAAGCAAAGUUAAAUCCGAGCUUCAUCCUAGAGGUAGAGGACGCCAACCAGCAAGUUGAGCAUCGGAUGACCCAGAAAUGUGGCGGGCGCAUCCUCACUGAAGAGGAGGUUCAUUGGAACGUGCUGCGCGCACUCGAUCUAGACGAGAAGAAAGACUUGAGACGCCUUGGCAAGGAGUAUGAUGAGCGAAAAGUGGACGCGGUGGACAACGUGUGCGGUGAGGAUGGCAAGCCCUUGCUGGAGAUGGACGCCAUUGUCCUGAAGAACAAAACGAGCGCUACCAACUCCCUAUCUCAGACAGAGUGGCAAUCUAUGGAGGCAGCGAUGCCUGCAGAAGAACGUCAGACGCACCGCAACCUCCAGGUCUUCUUCAUGGAAAGGGCUAAAGCCGCCGGCGUGAAGGAGCAGAAGGAGGAAGAGGAGGAGGACGAUCCGGAGGAAUUGGCCCUGCUUGGCGAUGCAGAAAUGCCAGAGGGUCAAGGGGAAGACAGCGGUGACGAGGAGGAGGAUCCUCGAGAUGCCGCGCGCAAGAAGCAGGAAGAGGAGGACAAGGAAGCUGUCGGCACCGUGGAGAAGGCCAAGAAUUGGAGCUCCGUGAAUUUGGUCUUCCAGGAGAGCAAGUUGAACUACCGGGGCAGUUUCACAGCGGGCUCUUUCACCAACUGGCUGUGGUACAGGGUCGUGCGGCCAAAGCUGGAAGAGACCAAGUCCAAGCUGCCAGAGCUCAGUGAUGAGGAGAUUGACAAGUUUAGCAUCCAGGACGUGGAGGAAGUCUUGGGCGAGUUCAUGCCGGCCCAGAAGAAGAAGGACGAGAAGGAAGACAAGAAAGACAAGAAGGACAAGAAAGAUGACAAGGACAAGAAGGACAAGAAGGAUAAGAAAGAGGAGGAUGACAAAAAGGACAAGAAGAAAGACAGCAAGGACAAGAAGAAAAAGAAGGACGCCAUUCAGCUGAACGCAAAAGAGAAGCUUCAGGUGCAAAACCUGAUCAAGAACAUGAUCUAUGGAGAGUCGGGCAAGAACAAGACCAUCACCACUGGCUGGGUGAACCUUGUCGACGAGAAGGACAUCCCCAGACUUACGCCCUGGGAGUUCCAGCUGGCGCACAUCAUGCGAUCCGCCAUGGCGCUGGAGUACACAGCCAAGAAGAAGAAGGAGGUUCAAGACUUGACUGCCUAUUACGAGAUGUGCCAGUCGCUGGCUGAUGCCAUCGGCUUCAUCAAAAAGCAGUAUUCUUUUGAGUUCCCCCAGAGUUCCGCAGAGGAUUUCCUUCCGUUGAAAGACGCCCUGGACUUGCAGAAGCGCUUCAGAGAAGGAUCCGUUGUGGGGGCGAAGUUUGAUCUCUUGUGGUACCUGCAGAAUGGCGCCCACCUCUUGGCUGGCAGCGGCUUUGCGAAGAAGCACCGCACCACAGUCUUCAAGCCAUUCAAGAUCCAAGAGCUGGUCACCGACGCAAUUUUGCAGCCAGGACCCCAGCUGGUGUUUGCCAUCGCACCGCCUGGCACUGGUAAAACUGCAGUGGUGGCACAUAUCUUGAAUCUGUUCCCUGUGCACACGUUAGUUUUUUGCUGUCCAGCGCUGCCUGUGGUGCUGAGUGUUGGCCGCAUCUCCAAUUCGUUGGGCAUUCCCUAUGCAUUUUGCAAGGGCCGGCGCAUUACCCCGAGCUACUCCUGUGGGCGCGGGCUUGCCACGCACGUGGACAUGCCUGCUGAAGGGGACAAGCCGCCUCAAACCGCGGUGGAGUCGCUGAGAUACAUGGUGGCAAAGCUGAACUUGGAGCGCAAGAAGAAGCGUUUGGCAGAGAAGAAGAGGAAGCGCAACCUUCACGACUUGAAGCGCUUUCCGCGCAUAUUCCUCAUGUGUGAUUCUGCCAGCGCAGCUUGGCUGCUUCGACAGCUUGAUCCGAAUAGGACAAUUCUUGUCGUUGACGAGCCUCCGAUGGGUAGCGACGUGUAUCCAGACAAGCCGGAGGACAACCCGCUUGCUUGUGCCAUGAUGCAAACCAUGAUGACGCCCAUGUACAAAACCGUGCUGAUGUCGGCUACCCUGCCAAGACCCGAAGCUUUGCCAACGCUCGUGAACUCCUUCCUGGAGCGCUUCAAGAUCCCAGACUCCGAGCGGGAUCUGCACGUGAGGGAGUGUAUGAGCACCGAGCUGGACCGUGGCGCGGUGAUGUGCGGCCCCUCGGGUGCUGUGGCUUUCCCGCACCAGAAUGUUCAGACGGCAGACGAGCUCAAGCGACUUUGCGAGAGGUUGCCCGCAGAUCCCUUGGUGCUGAAAGCGUACACCGAGCGAGCUCUGGCAACGCUCUUGCUGCGCUGGCGGGCCUUAGAGAAGGACGGCAAGCUGAAGGAUGGAUUUAAGAAGCAGGUGGUCCUUCCGGAGGACAAGUUUUCGGACCUCUCUGAGCUCCACCAUGCGUCCAUCCGCUCCUACGCUAUGGACUUGCUGACCUGCGUGGCGAAGCAAGAGGAUGACGAGUUUGCCAAGGCGUUUUGCUGCCCGGAUACCACCGGCGACAACCUCUUCCCGCAGUUUGACCUGUCCGAGAUGCUGUUCGGCAACGCAUAUGCGUUCCCAGGCCUCACCCUGGUGGCAGAUGACCAUCCUUUGGAGCAGAUGCUGAAGAUGUCGGAGAAUCUUCAGGCGCAAUUCCCGAGGGCCUCAGACAUUGAGGCAGACAUCAAGAAGCAAGAAGAAAGUGCAGUGAAGGAAAAGAAAUUCAAGGAGGAUGAUGAGCAGCAGGAGGAGGCGCCGCAGAUGAAGCUCAAGUUCUCACCUGACCUCGUCAUUCAGUCCGAGCAAUUCUUGAAGCGCUGGUGUCCGAAACGACCUGCCGGUGCUCACACAAUCCCCAGAGUGCUCCCGACAGUGAAUGAAUUCAAGGCCAUCAAGAAUCUUCCGGUCGAUGAGCGUUGGCAGAUGCUCGCUCUUGCCGGAGCCGGCUCCUUCGAUCCGAAGCUUGAUUCGGAUCCCUCCAAUCCCGUGUACACGCAGUGGGUGCACGAGAGCAUGACGCAGAACAAGCUCGCGUGCGUCACUGCGGGCAAAGAGUUCACGUGGGGUGCAAACGUGCCCGCUUCUACUGUGGUGGUGACCAAGUCCUUUGCAGAGACUACGUCUGUAGCAGGUAUGCUGCAGUAUGUGGGUCGAGCUGCACGACGAGGUCUUACUACACAUGGUCAGGCCAUCUUCGAGCGGGACGAAGACCUGCAGCGUAUCUUCGCCAGCCCCGACGGCCUCAGCACGGAGGCGCUGACCAUGGAGCGCUACGCGGAGUGGUGGAAAAGCCGUGGCAAGGCUUGGUGAUAGCAUCGGAGCAUCCAGCCCUCGAUGACAUCAGUAAGCAGGACAUGGCGGGCCAGGUGGCUGACCCAUCCAGAAGGACUUGGCCGUUAGACAGCUCCGCUGUCUUGCUGCUUUGCAUGUUUCAUCCGUGCGAACACAAGCAAUUUUUGGCACAGCCUUGCAGAGUUUGCGCAAAUUGCAGAAGCCACGCAUCGAUUAGAUGCCUGGCAAGAGAGAGGAUGCCCGGGGAGC